CAAUGGUUUCUUUAAUGAUGAAUAAUAUAUCCAGUGCCAUUUAAGAAGUCGCCGGCUUAACUGUUUGCAAUAAUAUUUUUUCUUAUAGUUUUUCUAUGGUCAUUGUUCUCGUUAUCAUUUUUUUACGUUAAUAGAAAAGAAGUCGAGUUCCGAUAAGCAUGCCAAGGUUCAUCAAUGAUAAAAAUCGAAUAUAAGGGUAUAAAGACAUAACAUAAGUUAGAGAAUAAAAUGGCCAAAGUUGUACAGUUUGUGUUAGCCAGUCUUUGUAUGAUUGGUGCUGUACUUGCUGGUUCGGAGGAAGAUGAAGGUGUCAAGUAUGCAAAUCAAUGUGAAGUGUGCAAGGUUGUUGCUACGGAGUUAGAAGCAAGGUUGGAUGAAACAGGAAAGACGCGUGAUGUACUUGAAAUUGGAUACUCUAUAGACGACAUUGCUCCUAAAAAGAAAAAGGAAUAUAAGAAAUCAGAACUGAGGCUGGUAGAAUCUUUAGAGAAUAUUUGUGAUCGGAUCCUUGAGUACAACAUACAUAAGGAACGCUCGGAUAGUUCAAGAUUUGCUAAAGGAAUGAGCCAAACUUUUAAAACUCUUCAUGGGCUAGUUGAUAAAGGAGUCAAAGUGGAGUUGGGUAUUCCUGUAGAACUUUGGGAUAAACCAUCUGUCGAAAUUACUACUUUGAAAACUCAAUGUGAAAAUUUGAUAGAACAGUAUGAAUCCGAUAUUGAAGACUGGUACCAUAAACUCCAGGGUGACGUACCUCUUAGCCAACACUUAUGUUCAGAACGAGCAUUAAAGGGUAAAGAUGAUACCUGUCUAAAAGAAAAAGGAGACACUGGACGCUCUGAUAACUCAGAUAAAGAUAAAAAGAGCAAGAAGAAGUCAUCAAAAUCAUCCGACGAAGAAGUAGCAGAUGGUAUUCCAAAGAACAAUCCUAAAAAUGCAAAGGAAGAACUUUAGAAACCAAGAAAAUUGAAGACUGUAAUUUAAACAAUAGUUCAAUCUUUAAUUGACCUCAUUUUAACUUACUAUAUAAUUUUUCGUCAAACGAUUGAAUUCGAUAGUCGUGUCAAAUCUAUGAUUGGUUAGUAAAGGUGUAUUCGUAACAAAAGAAGGUUUUAUCUUUUUUUCUAAAGUCACGAAAAAUAAUGUCAAAAUACAUAGCCUGCCUUUUGGUA